AUGACAUCUGCUGCAGAGAAGCCAGAUCCGAUGACGAGUAACGGCUCGUGUACAGUAUCCAACUGCGCAACUGGAGCAAGCGAUAUUGGCGGUGGUAUAUUGACCGAGAACGUCCCAGAUGCCAACACCAAAUGCUUACACCGUAUUCCCAACGACCCAAUCAUGAAUCCAUCUUUCGUCCUAUACACGCCAUCCACCUUCGUCUCAGCAAAUACUGCAUCCGCAAUGCCCACGGCCUCCGGAUACGCCCUCAAAUAA